AUGAAAACCACUUAUGCUUAUGUCUACACAAAUAACUUCAAUCCACUCGAUGUGUCCAAAAAUGUGCUGAACCGUAGUGGAGACUUUAGUAAUCAAGGUCAAUUUCAGCUCACAGCUGUUCUCGAAGCUGAUAUGAAAUACGAUUUCGUUAUGACAACAUCUUCUCCGAAUAUAACAGGAAAAUUUUCAAUUCAAGCAUCUGGCCGAAGCAAUAUUCAUUUCAAUCGUAUCUGUUCUCCAUCAGUCAUCGAAAUACCAUAUCCAGAUGCUGUAAAAUCAAAAUAUUCAUUACAGCUGACAACAAAUAGUCAAACAUAUUCUCGAGAUUGUCGAAAAUCAAAUUAUUACUAUGAAACUAUACGAAUGAAUGUAGUGGAAACUGGAUACUAUGCUUUAAGUAGUGAUAGCAGUAUGGAUAUUUUUGAUGAUAGCAGUAUAGAUAUUUUUGAUGAUAGCAGUAUAGAUACAUUUGGUGAUAUUUACAAAGAUGAUUUUAAUCCAAUGAAUCCUUUCGAGAAUCUACUCUCACAGGAUUAUCGAGCAUGUAGUUCUCCAGACUUCAAAUUCAUCGUUUAUCUUCACACUGACACUAAAUACAUAUUAGUGGUAACAACAUCUUCUCCAAAUAUGACAGGAAACUUUUCCAUUCUGACAACUGGUAUAAAUACUAUCAUUCUUAAUCGUUACGGUAAGUAA